UCGCGGCAGCACAUUUUGAGCACGUUGGGCGACGUACCUCCCAGUCCGCACGCAGCACACUGUGGUGCAGGUGUUUUGCAUAAGGGAGUUGCUUGCUUUCGUCUUACCGGUGUGCCCGACGCUACCUGAAGUCAUGGCUGACCAGGUGGCUGCCAUGUGCGAGCAGCUUAUGAAAGCUGUGAUUGUGAUGAUGGAUGCAGAAACAAGCCAAAUAUACCGACUGGAGGCCCUUAAGUUCUGUGAAGAGUUUAAAGAGACCAGCUCCCUCUGUGUCCCAUGUGGCUUACAAUUAGCUGACAAAUCCCAGCCAGCUGUAGUGAGACACUUUGGUUUGCAAAUACUGGAACACGUCAUCAAGUUCCGAUGGAACAACAUGCAACAACAGGAGAAAGUGCAAUUGAAGGAGUGUGCCAUGCAGCUUUUAUCCAAGGGCACUCAUACUAUCCUGGAGGAGGAGAGCCAUGUCAAAGAUGCCCUGUCACGAAUAAUAGUAGAAAUGAUAAAGAGAGAAUGGCCUCAACACUGGCCAGACAUGCUGAAGGAGAUGGAGGCUCUUACCAGCCAAGGGGCGGCGCAGACAGAGCUGGUCAUGUUGAUACUCCUGAGGCUGGCAGAGGAUGUGAUCACCUUCCAGACGUUGCCCACCCAACGACGCAGAGACAUCCAGCAAACUCUCACACAAAACAUGGAUAACAUCUUCAGUUUCAUGUUAGCAAUUCUCCAUAUUAACGCAGAGGACUACCGCAAAGUGAAAGGGUCACCUGGACAUGAGCUGCAGGCCAGAUCUCACUGCCGAGUUGCCGUGGCCGCGCUGAAUACACUCGCGGGCUACAUUGACUGGGUGUCUCUGGUACACAUCACCUCUAGAAACUGUCAUCUGCUGGAGAUGUUGUGUCUGCUAUUAGGUGAACCAGAGCUACAGCUGGAGGCUUCAGAGUGCCUGCUCAUUGCUUUGAGCCGAAAGGGCAAACUGGAGGAGAGGAAGCCGUUCAUGCUGCUGUUUGAUGACGUGGCCAUCCAGUACAUCCUCUCUGCAGCCCAGUCAGCAGAUGGAUUGGCAAUAUGUACAAAUUCGACCAACCCGUCAUCAGUGGAGGUGGUGGAGCGGCGUUACGUCUUCUUGAAGAGGCUCUGUCAGGUGCUGUGUGCUCUGGGAUUCCAGCUUUGCUCGUUAGUGGGUUCAGAUGUAAAAGUUGAAGUGCCUGCAAAUCUCAGCAAAUACACAGAGGCUCUGUUAGCCUUCACUACACAUUCCAGUCAGUUUUUAAAAUCAUGCACUCUAUCAACAUGGGGAGCUUUGUUCAGACACGAGACCCUGUCAAAGGAUGCCGUUGUUACAGAGAUGGCUGUCAAAUACCUCAAAGCCUCUAUGACUAACCUCGUCAAGACCGGGUUUCCAUCCAGACACGAUAGCCCAAGUUCUGAGUACUCCCGGGUGGACUUUGACAGCGAUGAAGAUUUCAACUCCUUCUUUAACUCUUUCCGAGCGCAGCAGGGGGACGUCCUGAGGAGUGCGAGUCGCAUCGUCCCUCUGGAAGCUUUCCAUACCGCCGCAGAGUGGCUGCGGUAUCAGCUCACCAGCCCAAUAGAUCCUGGAGAUGCCAUGUCAAAGACAGCAGAGGGUUUAUGUUCCCUCCGGUCUCCAUCAGUCAUGCAGUGGGAUGCAGUGACGGUCUUCAUGGAGUGCGUGGUCUCUCAGGUCUUCAAAACUCUAGAGGAGGAGAAGCUGCCCGUCGAUCAGGGCAUGGAACUGCUGCAGGCCGUGCUGAACUACGACACCAAAGACCCGCUCAUCAUGUCCUGCGUGCUCACCAAUGUCUCCGCCCUCUUCCCAUUUGCCAUCCAAAGACCUCAGUUCCUGCCACAGGUCCUCUACAAGCUGUUUAAAGCCAUCCCGUUUGAGAUUGAACAGGAUAGAAAAAUACCUCGGACCCGAGCUGUGAAGAACCUGAGGCGGCACGCCUGCUGUUCUAUCAUCAAAAUUUGCCGGGAUUACCCGCAGUUCAUCUUGCCUUGCUUUGAAGUGUUUUACAAUCACGUGAAGGAGCUGUUUUCCAGCGAAGCCUCACUGACGUACACGGAGAAGUGCUCACUGAUGGAAGCCCUGGUGCUCAUCAGUAACCAGUUUAAAGACUUUGAAAAGCAAAGAGCUUUUCUAGACGAGCUGAUGGCCUCCGUGGUCACAGAAUGGACCUCAGAGGAGAUCAGGAGUGUACUGUGGGAUCCAGCCAGGUUCCUGUCCUUUAUUGGAGCAGAUCAGGUUGUCACUGAGCCAAAUGAAGAUGUAGAUACAGCGUGCUUUAAUAGAGGGCGAAUGAGCUUCUGUUUGAAUGCCAUGCUGGUUGUGGUGAAGCGUGCACGUUGGCCUGCCAGUCUGGAAGAAGCUAAGACCGGAGGCUUCGUGGUGGGCUACACCCCCAGCGGAGCCCCCAUCUACAGAAAUCCCUGCACCGCCCAGUUUCUGGCCUUUCUGCCCAAUCUGCUGGCUUUAAUAAGGACUCACAACAGUCUGUUUAUCCCAGAGAACAUGGCUCGCCUCGGUGAGACUUUCUCCAGAGCUCACGAAAUGAUGGAUGGGGAAAAGAACGUAGUUCUAGGUCUCCCUCAAUAUCCAGUGGAUAUUUUUGACACCCCAAUAUAUAGAAGCAACCUGGAGCGCAUGCAGGGAUUUUUAUGCACACUAUAUGACAGCUGCUACAACGUCCUGGGAAACGCCGGCCCAUCUCUGCAGCAGGAGUUCUACACUAUUGACAGGCUGGCUGAAGGAAUAGCUGGUUCAGCAUUUGUGUCCCUCGACCACAUGCCUGACCACAGAAUUUGCCUUGACGAGUGCGUACGGCUGUUUCUGAAGCAGCUGGUGCUCUCAUGUCCUCUGGAGUACUAUGACAGUCUGCUCCGCCCUCUGCUGGGCCCUCUGUUCAGCUACAUGAUGCAGAGGCUUAACAUGAAGUGGCAAGUCAUCAACCAGAGGACGUCUGUCGAUGAUGAGGAUGAAGAGGAGCAGGUGGUCUGUCAGGAGAGCCAGGUGACCCAGGAGAUGCUGGAGGAGCAGCUUGUGCGCCUGCUCACCAGGGAGGUCAUGGAUUUUCUCGCUGUGAGCUGCAUUUCCAGAAAGGUGGCUGAACCCACAACAAACAAGGAGGAAAUGGAUGAGGAAGACGUGAUGAUGGAUGCAGCACAGACGGCGACUCCUGCACACCCCUCUGAUGAGCUGACUGAGCUGGGAAAAUGCCUGCUUAAGGACGAGAACAUCUACAUGUCCCUGCUGACCCUGUCCUUCACCUCUCUGUCGUGGAAAGACACCACAAACUGCCAUCGGACCGCUUCCAUGGUCUGCUGGACCCUCCUGCGGCAGGUCGUGGGGGGUAAUCUCCUUCCCGAAGCAGUUACGUGGUUUUAUACCAGUGUACUUCGAGGCCUUCAGAUCCAUGGGCAGCAUGAAGUGUGUAAUUCCACCCUGUCUCAGCUGGCCAUGCUCAUCUAUGAAAACCUGCGGCCUCGCUACUCAGACCUGAAAGCAGUGAUGAUCCAAAUUCCAAACAUUAAUUUGGAGGCGCUGGACCACUACGAUCACAGGCUUCUGGACCCCAAAGCCCAGAAGGUCGGAGAGAAGAAGCGGAAAGACCAGUUCAAGAAGCUCAUAGCAGGAACUGUUGGGAAAGCUCUGUGCCAGCAGUUCAGGAAGGAGGUCCAUAUCCGAAAUCUUCCGUCGCUGUUCAAAAAGCCAAAGCCAGAGAAGGACAUACACGACGGCGAGCCGCUGGGCAUCGCCGCGCUCUUCGCCCCCGAGAACGAUUCCCUGUAGAGACUCAAUGAUUGGAGUGGAAUUCCCAGCGAGUGGAGACAGAGUUAUGCGUGCACACCGCAGUUUUGGUCAGCGUCCUCCGGCCGGGGCGUCGUGGCCCAACUUAUCUGUCAACACUCCUGUUUUUCAGAGAAAAAGCCCUCCUCUCACUCUCACAGAGCCGCAGCACCCUUAACACUCAAACCUCUCCUCCACCUUUCUUAGCACACACGUAAAUGGAAAAAAAAAGCUGUAUCUGCUGUGGAAAUUUGUAGGAAAUAUUUCUGACAGAUUUCACUUUGGAGAAAAUCUUCAAGUACCAGAGUAAGAUUUUUUCUGCUGAAACUUCCAGCCCCAAACCCAACAUACCCCUUAUUUUUAUUUGGUGCAUUUUUCUCAUUUUCUCUCUUUUUUUUUUUUCUUCUUUUUUUUGUAAUCAGACAUGGCCACAAACACACAAAAAAAGAAUGCCGCAAAU